ACUCAGCCCACUCUCUUUCAGAAGAGAGCUGCUUUACGACAAAGCUCUGCUGCCAGAGCCAUUAAUUUGGAAAAUUUGGACUUGAGGAGGGACACCGAGGUUUCAGCAAGAGCUGAUGGAAAUUGGGGAAAGACACUGGACGAUGGAGAAUUAGAGAAGAAGAGGAAGAUAAACGAUGAAGAUGAAUAUGAGGAAGCCAGUAUUGAUGUGUCGGGACUUAAUUAUGAUUCUUCUGAUGAGUCUUUUGGGAUCAAGAAGGUGAAUGAAAGUGAGGAUACCAACAAUGGUGGGAAUAACAAUUCCAAUGCUAACACCACCGUCACUACUGUUGUUGUUGGAGAUGAUCAAAAGGAAAAGGGAAAGAAAAAGGGGCUGCCAACCAAAAAUUUGAUGGCUGAAAGGCGGCAAAGGAAAAAGCUGAAUGAUAGACUAUACAUGCUUAGGUCUGUUGUCCCCAAAAUCAACAAGAUGGAUAGAGCUUCAAUACUUGGAGAUGCCAUUGAAUACUUGAAGGAGCUUUUGCAAAGGAUCAUGUGAUUGAAUUAGCAGCAGCAGAACCAAAGACAAAUUGAUCAAAUCAGAGUUUUAUAG